AACAUUUGACAUUGUCGUUGGUGCCGGUAAUUUCAGUAGACAACCGAAACUCUUGCGAUUUUUGGAGUUGUUGUUGCAGAUCAGAAAUCCUCCGCAUUUCCUCACCACACCAGACCUCGUCAAUCCCAUCUCCUCACUCUUUCUCUCUCUAAACCACUACAACAACACCAUUUCCGAAUUCAUUCUCUCUCCAUCUCCGCGGAAUGAGCAUGAUUAAGAAGAAAGCGCACAGAGACGAGCUGAUCGGCCUCCAGAUUCUACACGGCCUCGUAUUCCGCCACCACAGCCGCCGCCGCCUCCACCGCCUCCUCCCUCUCUUCUCCGCCGUCUCCGGCUGUCUGCUCCUCCUCUUCGCCGUCGUCCUCUUCCUCUCGCCUCCCGUCUCCGACCAAACCGCCCACCGCCGCCUCACUCUCAGUACAUCGUUCAAAAACAAAGCCGGAAUCCACAUUAAUGCCGAGAGAGAAAACGUUUUCCGCGUUCCGAGGAGUGGCGGAAUCAUAGAUGACCGCGUGGUGUGGACUUCAAAUCAGUCUAAUUUCUUUUUCGGAUGCAGCAAUGCAAGCGAGAAAUUUCGACCUGCAGAGAUGAGCACUGAACCCCGCAGAUAUCUGUUGAUCGCAACUAGCGGAGGCUUAAAUCAGCAGAGAACAGGGAUAGUAGAUGCUGUUGUAUCAGCCUACAUCUUGAACGCGACCCUCGUUGUUCCUAAGCUGGACCAGAAAUCAUUCUGGAAAGAUGCAAGCAACUUCUCCGAGAUCUUCAAUGUCGAGUGGUUCAUCAAGUACCUGGCGAGAGACGUUAGAAUCGUGCCACAGCUGCCAGAAACUGCAGGGAAGGUGAUAACCACUCGUGCUCCGAGGAAGUGCAACAAGAAAUGCUAUGAGACGCGAAUCCUCCCCAUCUAUCACAGGAAGCGCGUAUGUGCUUGCUUGUUUCUUCACUUCACUUCACUUGAUUGUGUUAACGCUGAAUGUUUUCUUGUGUUUGGCUUACAUCAGGUGCAGGCAGUGCAGCUCACAAAGUUUGAUUACAGGCUCUCAAACCGGCUAGACAUGGAUCUGCAGAAGCUAAGAUGCCGCGUUAACUACCAUGCCUUGAGAUUCACUGCCCCCAUUCUUGACAUGGGUGUGAAGCUCUCUCAAAGGAUGAGAAUGAAGAUGAAAACCAACCAUUAUGUUGCCUUGCAUUUGAGAUUUGAACCUGAUAUGCUAGCUUUCUCCGGGUGCUACUAUGGGGGCGGAGUGAAGGAGAUGAAGGAGCUAGGCGCAAUACGAAAGAGGUGGAAAACACUACAUACAAAGAAUCCUGAGAAGGAGAGGAGGCAUGGGAAAUGCCCUCUAACUCCUGAGGAAGUCGGGCUGAUGCUGAGGGCGCUGGGCUAUGGCAACGAUGUUCACAUAUACGUAGCAUCAGGAGAGGUAUACGGAGGCGAAGAGACACUCGCCCCUCUCAAAGCCCUCUUCCCCAACAUCCACACCAAAGAGACUCUUGCUACCAAGGAGGAGCUCGCUCAGUUCCAGCCCUAUUCCUCGCGAAUGGCUGCAUUGGACUUCGUUGUCUGUGACGAGAGCGAUGUUUUUGUCGCCAACAACAAUGGGAACAUGGCAAAGAUACUUGCUGGGAAGAGGAGAUAUUCUGGUCACAAGCCAACAAUAAGGCCUAAUGCGAAGAAGCUCUACCGGCUGUUCAAUGAUCGACACAACAUGACAUGGCACGACUUCGCCUCGCAGAUUCGGGCGUUCCAAGUUGGAUUCAUGGGAGAGCCUAAUGAGGUGAAGCCAGGGCGGGGCGAGUUCCACGAGCACCCUUUGCCCUGCAUAUGUCAGAGGCGCGGGCCAAGAAACGAGGAGGAUGGAAGCAAUGAAGCGAAUGAUGAAGACGAGGAGCAAGAUCUGUCUGAAACAGAAUACGCAGAGGAAGAUAGAGUGGUGCCUAGCAGUAACAGAAGAGAUUCUUCUGUGUUGAGAAGUGAUCGGCAGCCAGAAUUAGAUGAUAUGCUGUCGGAUUAGAUGGUGUAGUGUAGAUAUAUAUGUAUACAUAGAUAGCAUUUGGAUCAACAACAAAUUUUGGCCUCGAUUCGACACAGUGGAAUAAAGCAUGCAUCAACAACGUUGUACAUAGAUCAUUUUUUGGGAAAGAAUGAAGAGAUUUCUUUUUCUCUUA